CUCUAACCGAGUUGGACUCACAAUGACAACCAAACCACCACCAGCAGCAACCUCCCCACCCAGAUUCAAAUGCGUCUGCUGCAAGAAGAAGAGCUUCAAGACGGCCGAGGCGCUGAGCAACCACCAGCAAGCCCGGGCCCAUCAUCCUGUCGCGUGCCCGCUAUGCUCCAAAGAGUUCUGCGAUAAGCACGCCGUGCAGCAACACCAACAAGUCCAUCAACGAAAGGCAGCUGCUGCCCUCGCAAAACCUCAAGCCACAACUACAACUACAACUACCACCAGCCCUAGACCGAAACCCACUCCGCAGCAGCAGUCCACUGCCACCAUUUCCAAGCAACAAGCAAACCCACCACCAACCCCAACACCUUCCCUGAAACUCCCCGAGACUACACACCAGCCCUCCACCCUCCACCCCCUCGAACAAGACCUGCUAUACAAAUACCUGCUCUCCCGAUGCCACCCCCGAGCCCGCCUGCAAGCCCAGAACUACCCCACAGCAUCACAGACCCCCGGGAGGGACUACCAGCCCACCCCCCCGGCAAAUCCCACGCAGCCCAAACGCAGAGCCAUCGUUCUGGCCUGCGAGACCGACCCACAGGCAACGGGUUUGACCCAUCUAGCCGCCACAGACUUUUUGAGUAGUGAAGCGCUCCUGCACCUGGCUGUUGGUCCGGCAGCCGAGGGGGUGCAAAGCAGAUGCACCGACAAGAGCAUCCGUGCCACCGUGGCCGACGCCGAUGCAGCGCGAACGGCACUGUGGGAGGUCGUCGACGCGGACACGGUCCUCGUGGGCUAUGGGCUGCAGCGCGGGCUGCAGCUGCUCAGGAUGGUGCACGAGCGGGUGGUGGAUGCGGGGAUCCUGACGGCGGAGGCGGUUUUUCUGGAAAGGUCGACGGUGCCGAUACGGAGGGUGUGGGGGUUGGGGGAGCUGUGUGGGGAGGUGUUGGGGUGGGGUGGGAGGCAGGAGGAGGAGCAAGCUGCUGCUGCUGCUGCUGCUGCUACCAGCAAGAAAGGCAAGCAGAGGAAGAUGGACACGUGCGACGGGUGGGAAGAGUGUGUGGCCGCCAGGGAGGUGGUGGUAUGGUGUUUGCGGAAUCCGGAGCUGUUGCGGACGUGGGCUGAGGGCAAGGCUGGGGGGGAUCUUGGGGAGGCUCCGCAGACGAGCGAGACGGCGAAGAGCAAGCGAGGGAAGAAGAAGGGUAAGAAGAAGGGUAAAAAGAAGAGCAAGAGCAAGAGCAAGAAGCGCAAGCAGACCGAGCAGCAAACGGAAGAAACAACAAUCCUAACCACAGCACUACUAGAGCCAGAGACAGUUUCCACACCUGAACAAACCCCACCACCACCACAGCUCGAAGAACCAGACGAAGAUGAAGAUUCUGAUGAAGGACUCGAGAUAGUUCAAUGGCAGGAUCUUGAGUGAUGUUCUACCAUCUACCAUCUACCAUCUACAAUUUACAAUCUACAAUCUAC